AUGGCGGACGUUCAAACCCCGACUACUUUGAAACGAGGUGAAUGGAAGCACCCCGAAAUCACAGAUUCGCGAGGGCCCUGCCCUAUCAUCAACUCCCUCGCAAAUCAUGGGUUUAUCGCAAGAGAUGGCCGCAAUAUUACUGCUGACGAGAUCAUGAAAGCAUUUCAAGAAGAGCUCGGAUUGGGUCUAGACGUGGCAUUUGGCCUUACAAAACCACCAUUUACACUUCAUACUCAAGAAGAUGAAAGUGAAGGGAGUACAGAAAGGGUAGAAACACCACCGGGUUACUUCCACGGAUUCUUUAACAAACUCCCCGGACUUCCGACCAUAAAUUCCGAAUCUAGAAUCGGUUUGAGGAACCCAGGCCAAGUCAACGAAAAGGGCGAGCCAGUGCUCAAUCUCGAUCAGUUAAAACGCCACGGUGCUGUAGAGCAUGAUGUAUCGCUCGUCCGAAGAGACUUUGCACAGGGAGACAAUACAACCAUUCAACCGGACCUCCUGCAUGAUCUCCUCGCUUCUGCUUCUGAUAGCGGGAACGGGGGAAAGAUAUUUACUAUCCAGGAUUUCGCCCAAUUUCGAAAUAGACGCCUAGAGCAGCAAAAGAGAGAGAAUCCGAAAGUCAACUUCGGCCUCCGCGAGGCGAUUCUAGCCUUCGGAGAGGUUGCCCUUGUCAUGUCCGUCUGGGGUGCGAAGUCUGUCACGGAGUAUGACAGAGUCCCGUUCGAGUAUAUUAAGGCGAUAUUUGAAGAGGAAAGAUUCCCAUAUCGAGAGGGAUGGGUAAAACGGAACGUCCCACUUACGCUGCCAGAGCUUAUUGCGAACUCAACUUAUCUCCAAGCCUCCGCUUUGUAUGACUAUACCAUCGGUAGAUUUUGGAAUCGCUAG